AUGCCAGGCCUCUCUUUCGCUGCUCUCGCUGCUCUCCUCCCAUUCGCACCAUCGGUGUGCGCCAGUUCUGCAUACAGCACGUCUCAAUCUCCUCGGGUCGUGCUCGACAAUGGUCACUUUGUCGGGGUAUCCCAAGGCGCCGUGUCCAUCUACCGCGGCAUACCGUACGCUCAGCCCCCUGUGGGCGAUUUGCGCUUCCGACUUCCCAUCGCCAACGACCCUUACAACGGAACGUUCAAUGCCACGGCGUUUGGCCCUGCUUGCAUUCAGCAGCCGUUCAACGAUAGCGCGACAUCCGACCUCAACCCCACGGCAGCGGGUGUUCUGACAGGCCUCCUCGGCAGCUUGACCUCGCCUGCCAUCGAUGACGAAGACUGCCUCACCGUUAACGUCUUUGCACCUGCGAAUGUGACUUCUGAGUCUAGGCUUCCUGUAGUCUUCUGGAUUUUUGGCGGCGGUUUUCAGUCCGGUGGAACCGAUUCUUACAACGGAUCUGCUAUUAUUGAGAGAAGCCUGGAGCUUGAAGAGCCCGUGGUCUACGUCUCGGUGAACUACAGGUUGUCCGCUCUCGGAUUCGCCGGUAGUGCCGAGGUACGCGAGGCAGGUAUCGGCAACCUUGCAUUACAGGACCAACGUCUGGCUUUACGCUGGGUGCAGCAGUAUAUCUCCGCAUUUGGUGGCGAUCCGUCGAAGGUCACUAUUUGGGGUGAGAGCGCGGGCGCCAUCUCCAUCGGCAUGCAUAUGACGACCAACAAUGGCGACAACGAGGGCCUUUUCCGCGCCGCGUUCAUGCAGUCGGGAGGCGUCUGGAGUACGGGCUACGUGGAAGACAGCCAGCCGUUCUUUGACGACUUCGCGACCAGCACAGGAUGUGGAAACUCGCUGGGAUCAGUCGCUGUCUUCGACUGUCUACGCAAUGCAUCCAUUCUCGACAUUCGCUCUGCACUGCAACAGUCGCGCAAUCUAUUUGGCUACUCGACCUUGUCUCUGGCUUGGAAGCCGCGGGCGGAUGGCGUGUUCCUCACUGACACUCCUCAACGACUCGUGCUCAAUGGCUCGUGGGCAGAUGUUCCGUUUGUGAUUGGGGAUGUCGAUGAUGAAGGCACUCUCUUCGCGCUGAGCAACAGCAAUAUAACAACCGAUGAUGAGGUCCGUCAGUAUCUCCAACAAUACUUCUUCCCGACCGCGAACACUUCUCUCUUGGACGAUAUAUUUGCCGGCUACCCCCAGGAUCCCUCUCUUGGCUCACCGUUCGACACGGGAUCCAACAACACUCUCACGCCGGAGAAUAAGAGGAUUGCCGCCAUCCUUGGUGACGUUCUCUUCCAAGCGCCGCGCAGGUUCUUGUUGGCCGAACGUCCGGGAAGUGCCAACGCGUACGCCUUCUUGCACAAGAAGUCGAAGGCUUCCCCUGUACUUGGAGCCUACCACACCAGCGAUGUUUCAGACAUCUACGCGGCCACCGACUUCACAGACGCGCUCAUCAACUUCGCGACGAACCUUGAUCCGAACGGAAAGACGCUUAUCAACUGGCCGGUCUACACCCCCGACUUUCCCGCGCUCUUCACUUUCUCGAAUGGAAGCGUUACCCAGAGCCUGACCAACGAUACUUUCCGCGUGGAGGGCAUGCAGGCGCUGAUCCAGGCUUCGCUCGUCGACCCUUACUAG